AUGGCAGUCAAGGAAACAACAAAACUCUUUAGCCCAGUCAAGGUUGGCAGUGUCGAGCUUAAGCAUCGAGUGGUGCUUGCUCCGUUGACACGGCUUCGUGCGGACCAAGCCACUGCUGUCCCGGCCACUUAUGCCGCAGAGUACUACGCCCAACGUUCUUCCGACGGCGGCCUGCUCAUCUCUGAGGGCACUUUCAUCGCUCAUGAAGCUGGCGGUAUGUCUCGUGUUCCAGGAAUUUAUUCUCCAGAGCAGAUCGCGGCGUGGAAGGUUAUUACGGACGCAGUUCAUGCCAAAGGAGGUUACAUCUUCGCCCAGCUCUGGGCUCUAGGUCGAGUUGCAGACCCUAAGCUUGUUCCUCAUGUCUGGAGUGCGGGAUCUAAACCCUUUGACAAAGGCACUGGUGCGGCGGAACCUCCUGCCAAGUUUACCACCAUGACCGAAUCUGAUAUUGAUCGAUUCGUGGGCCAUUACCGACAAGCUGCUCUCAAUUCUAUCGAGGCUGGCUUUGACGGAGUUGAGCUUCAUGGUGCCAAUGGAUACCUUAUCGACCAGUUUCUUCAAACCAACAGCAACGACCGAACAGACUCGUACGGCGGCAGUCUGGAAAACCGCUUCCGUUUUCCUCUCCGAGUUCUCGAGGCUGUAACCGAUGCCAUCGGCCCCGAACGAGUCGGUAUCCGCAUGUCACCCUUCUCCCGCUUCCAGGGCAUGCGCGAGGCCGAUCCUCUGAGCGUCUUCGUCCCCUGGGCAAAGGCUAUCAUCAAGGCUCAGCCAUCGCUAGCCUUUAUCCACGCUGUUGAGCCGCGAAUCUCAGGCGGAAGCGAUGAGGCCGGCCACUUCCCAAAGACAGAAGAUACACUCGAACCCAUCAGAGAAGUAGUCAGCAACUCUGGUGUCAAGUUCAUUGUUGCAGGUGGGUUUACUCCCGAGACUGCAGUCAAGCAUGCAGACGAGACCGAAGACCUGGUGGCAUUUGGACGUUACUUUAUCCCAAACCCGGAUUUGCCUGCACGAAUCCAGAACGGCUGGCCCUUGACCAAGUAUGACCGCUCGCUCUUUUACACGCCGGAUGAGAAGGGUUACACAGAUUAUCCUACGUAUCAUCCCGAUACGUCUAGACUUUGA